GCCUAUUCACAUGACGCAGGCUGGAGCUCCGUGUACCUGUGUGCGCGCGUGAGGGGGAACGUUACACCCCGGUGAGGGAUCUGCUGAGGGAUCUGGUGAGGAUCAGGAGGACAGGAGCGGCGCUGUGGGACCCGGACCGGACUGAGGAGUGCUGAUCUGGAGCGGAAUGGUUGAUCUGAUGACCAGGAUCUGGAGGAACCUCUGAAGAUUCCUGUCCGGUUUCCUGUCCGGUGGUACUUUUCAUGUGGAGGGGUAAAAACUUCACCAUGAGCUCCAGUCUGAAACGCUGACACGCCCUGUUCUGACCCGGCUAUGAAAGAGGUGGGGCGGUGGUCAGCGGCGGAGGUCUGUGAUUGGCUGGCUGAGGAGGGGAUGCUGGAAUAUUCCGAGGCGCUCGGGACGGUAGAUGGUGCCGCACUGUUGAGACUUUCUGAAUCAGAUUUCCGAAACCCUCCUUUAUCGCUGGUCUCCAGUGACGGCGGGCGUCGGCUUUUGGAGCGCCUGGAGACUCUGCGCAUCACCAGUCACAUGGAUAACCAUGGCAACCAUCAGCACGCCAACGGGCACGUCGCAAACGGGAAGAUCCACGACAGCGUGACGAAGAACGGACACUGUUCCGACAUGAUCCAGAUCCACAUCCCGCUGGCCUCCGAACACGGGUCCUUCCCCACAGAGUGGACUAAAACGGGCGUGGCCUUCCUGUACGCACUCUGCUGCUUUGUCAUGACGUCGGUGAUGAUUUCCAUCGUGCACGAGCGCGUGCCGGCGAAAGAGGAGUCUCCGCCCCUGCCCGAUAAGUUCUUUGAUGUGUUUGGGCGGGUGCAGUGGGCGUUCUCCAUCUGUGAGAUCAACGGCAUGGUGCUGGUGGCCGUGUGGACCGUACAGUGGCUCCACCUCAAACACAGGUCUAUUGUUGGCCGGCGUUUCUUCUUCAUUGUUGGAACGCUUUACCUGUACAGGUGUGUAACCAUGUACGUCACCACCUUACCUGUACCAGGCAUGCACUUCAAAUGUUCACCUAAGUUGUCGGGGAACUAUGAAGCUCAGGUGGGGAGGGUGAUGAAGAUGAUCUCUGGAGGCGGUUUGUCCAUCACUGGAGCUCACAGUCUGUGUGGUGAUUAUCUGUACAGCGGCCACACCGUCAUGCUCACGCUAACAUACCUCUUCAUCAAAGAGUAUUCAGUCAGCAGGUUCUGGUGGUACCACUGGUCGUGCUGGUGUUUGAGUGUUUCGGGGAUCUUCUGUAUCCUCUUGGCUCAUGAUCACUACACGGUGGACGUGGUGGUCGCCUACUUCAUCACCACCCGCCUCUUCUGGUGGUACCACACCCUGGCCAAUCAGCAGUGUCUGAAGCAGGACUCUCAGAUGAACAUGUUCUCCCGUGUGUGGUGGUUCCGUCUCUUCUGCUACUUUGAGGAAAACGUCAAGGGCGUGGUCCCUCAGCACUAUCGGGCCCUGUUGCCAUGGCGGCAGCUGCUGUCCCUCCUCUCGCUGUGCCGGCCGUCGCCGGGUGGGUGGGUGAAGUACAGCCGUGUGGAGUCUCCGUGAGUGUCCCUCGACCCCGGGUGUGUGGGUUCAGCACUGUGAUCCGUACAGCAGCAGGUUUCAUCUCCUCUGAACGAUGAAGUGACGGAGCCGCCGCCGCCCGUUCAUCACGAACAAACAGUAAAUGAAGUAUUUAACGUUUCUGAUCAAGAACAAACGUCCAGGUUCGUCCUCCUGCUCCUCUGGAUCUGAGCGGCGCCGCGGACGGACGCUGAUGUUUUACCUGAACGUUUUUAUUCUCUCAGAUGAGCGACGAUCGUGAAGCCACGACGAUUUUAUACGUUUGUGUUUUUGUGAACGCUGGAGCGUCUGACGUUCAGCGUCGUGCCUUCCUCCUCAGGGACAAAACAACGGAAACACACACACACACUCACACACACACACACACACACACACUCACUCACUCACACACACACACACACACACACACACACACACACACUCACACACACACACACUCACUCACUCACUCACUCACUCACACACACACACACACUCACACACACUCACAGCGCUUCUGUCUGAACAUGAUUAUUAAUUUUAAUGUAAUUCUGAACUGAACUGAAUGAAGGAAACAAAAAGCUUUAAACGACACGACUGGAUGUAAAACGUCUCUCGUUCUCGACCAAUCACAGCCUCUCUCUCAUUAAAUGAAGCGUUCUGAUUGGCUGACCGGGUUGGGGUGGGGGGGCGUGAACAGCAGUACUGUUUUAUACACAGCAGUGACCAAUCAGUGUUGAGGAGAACUGGGGUGAAAUAAAGGAGUGUAGAUCUAGUAUCAGCUCAGGUAGAGGAAGCAGGUGUUGUACACUAAUCUGACUCACCAUCUGAAUGCAGCAUGUUCACCACACACGUGUUACGCCAAAUUCUGCACUCAUGCCAGUAGAUGUGUUCUCUCUCUGAAAGAGCACAUUAGUGAAGUAGAAACACACACACAUACCCACAAUCACAACACAAUACACACAGAUACAUACACAUAUAUACAACCACACACACACACACACACACACAACACAAUAUAAUACACACACACACAAUAUAAUACACACACAUACACAACACAAUACACACACACACAAUAUAAUACACACACAUACACACAAUCACAACACAAUAUAAUACACACACAAUAUAAUACACACACAUACACACAAUCACAACACAAUACACACACACACACACACAAUAUAAUACACACACAUACACACAAUCACAACACAAUAUAAUACACACACAAUAUAAUACACACACACAAUAUAAUACACACACACAUACACACAAUCACAACACAAUACACACACACACACACACAAUAUAAUACACACACAUACACACAAUCACAACACAAUACACACACACACACAAUACAAAACCACAAACUAUAGUGUGUAAACAUCAGUCAGUAUCAGCAACACACACACACACACACAAUAUAAUACACACACACACACACACAAUAUAAUACACACACACACACAAUAUAAUACACACACACACACACAAUAUAAUACACACACACACACACAAUAUAAUACACACACACACAAUAUAAUACACACACACACACACACAAUAUAAUACACACACACACACAAUAUAAUACACACACACACAAUAUAAUACACACACACACACAAUAUAAUACACACACACACACACACACAAUAUAAUACACACACACACACAAUAUAAUACACACACACACACAAUAUAAUACACACACACAAUAUAAUACACACACACACACAAUAUAAUACACACACACACACACAAUAUAAUACACACACACACAAUAUAAUACACACACACACACACACAAUAUAAUACACACACAAUAUAAUACACACACACACACAAUAUAAUACACACACACACACACAAUAUAAUACACACACACACACAAUAUAAUACACACACACACACACACACAAUAUAAUACACACACACACACAAUACAACACACACACACACACACAAUAUAACACACACACACACACACAAUAUAAUACACACACACACACAAUAUAACACACACACACACACAAUAUAAUACACACACACACAAUAUAAUACACACAAUCACAACACAAUACACACAGAUACAUACACAUAUAUACAACACCACACACACACACACAAUCUAAUACACACACACACACACACACACACACACACAUUUAGUGAAACUAAAUGAUUCAGCCCAAAGUGAGCAAGUUUAUUUGCAGGGUAUUUUAUUGAUUGAUAUUUUAUUGAUUAAUAUUUUGAUUAAUAAUUAGAUUUAAAUAUAAUUUAUUGAUUGAUAUUUUAUUGAUUAAUAUUUUAUUGAUUAAUAUUUUGAUUAAUAAUUACAUUUAAAUAUAAUUUAUUGAUUGAUAAUUUAUUGAUUGAUAUUUUAUUGAUUGAUAUUUAGAUUUAAAUAUAAUUUAUUGACGCGCCGCUGAAGUUUAUUUUGUGAAUCGAGACGUUUUGGGUUCAGGAAUCCAGACGUAAACACGGCAGUAUUUAUUAAUGUAGCGUUUAGCGUUAUGAGAACAAAACGAACACAGACGGGCGUGUCUGAGGGAGGGACGGUGGGUCGGACGGGUAUAAACGCCUGGUUGCAGCAACAGCGCCUCCUCGUGUCUGCAGCAGGAGUACAGAGAGAGAGUAGCGCACUCCUUCAGACCGGGACCGUCCUUAUCCAGCAGGGGGCGCCAGAGAGCACAGAGGAACGACGGAAACUCAAACUGGGUCUGAAAACGUUUAAAAUAUUAAAUAAACUUCAGUUCAGUAACGAUUUAACAUCUUGUUUAAUUCAGCGUCAGUGUAAUAACUCAGUAUUUUAUAUCUCUACACGUCUGUUAUUGCUCUCAGUUCGUUAUUCAUCCUUAAUUGUGGCUUUAAUCGUGAUUAUCUCACAAACGUCCUCAGGUUUUUAAAUCGUCCAGGUUUAUUUCUGCGCUUUAAUCAGCCUAAAAACUCCACGACUGCACUAAUAACGCCGAGGCAGAAACUAGCAUGUACCGCUCAGAAACAGAAAGAAAUAAAAGCACUUUCUUAUAAAUCAUUUAUACUGUUCAGAUCUGAGUCCAGUCAGAGCUGUUAAAACUUAACAGGAUUAAUCCUGAUUCCUGUUCCUCAAACUUUGGUUUGUUAGUGUUCAGAUUAAGGCUAACGUUAGCAGUUACCCUAGCGUAGCCUGGAUUAGCAUCAGUCAGUGUUUAUUCCUGUAUAAACUGCAGUAAAGUUCAGUUCUGGAUUAAAACUGAGUUUAAUGUGUUAAUUAUAGAUCAGUGCUUAUGUUCAGCCCAUGUUUGUUAAUAAUAGUAUUAUAAAUCUGCACCAUGUAGAGGAAGCACGAGUUGUGCUGAAAUCUGAACCAGUACUAAAUGAUCAGUGUGAAACCGUCUGCACCAGUUUCUGCUGUUUAACAGCCUGAAAUUCUGGAGGAUUUAAAUACAAAUAAAAGUAAAUAAUCAGUUUGUGGAUUUUCAGACCUUUAAGGUUUAAACUGGAUUAAAAUGUGACUGUAAAAUUAAAAAUAUUGUUUUAUUGUUUUCUUUUUAAUAAAAUGAAAGUUUAUUCUGUCCCCUCAGUAAAUAAAGACUUUAAUUAAAGUGUAAUUAUAAUAAUUAUUGAUUUUUUUUGGUCGAGUCCCAGCGUGUUUCAUCCUCGAUCCUGAUUUUGUACAUUUAAAAAAUUAAUUUUUAAUUUCUGUUUCUUAAUUAAAAUAAUGUAAUAAUCACAUGAUUUAUUCUUAUAAUAAAUGUAUUUAAUUAAUAAAUAUGAAUAAUCUGAUAUUUCUGAUGUUUUUAUGAUUUUUAUGUUUGUACCUGCAGUAAUUAAAUAUUGAAGAUUUUCUUUUAAAUAAAAAUCAUUUAUUAAAAA